AUGGUCAACGUUAGUUCAGUGAAUCCACGAGGCGUUCACCUCCAAAAAAUCCAUAAUUAUUUCAGAUUCACUCCAGCUCUUCGCGAACUUCGAAGUGUUGCAUGGUGUGUUCAAUUAUCAGCCACAAAACAAGACGGUCUUUCUCGCCGUCUUCAACAAAUUUGUGAUCGCGAAAAUCUUCGAUGUGACGCGACAACUUUGAGGCGACUUUGUGAAAUGUGUGCAAAUGAUAUGAGACAUUCAAUUAAUACAUUACAAUGGGUUGCGAUUGCAGCAAGGAAAAAUCGACAAAGACAAAUUGGAAUGAAAUUAGUGCAAGAGGUUAUGGCGAAAGAAAAGAGCGGAGCUGCUUCGAUUUUUGAAAAUUGGGCGGCGGUUUUGGAAGUUUCGAAACAUUUGGAUGGGUAAGAAAUUUUGAAAAUGUUUGUUCAAAACACACCUGACGAGACGUGUCCACAAAGGACACUGUAAAAAAAUUUUCAAAAGCCACGCUGCACAUUUUUUUUAACGAAAAAGUGAAGCUUUUAUUGAUUUUCAGCGGAUUUUGGUGAAAAUUUUCAAAAAAAUUCAAAUUUUCACGCUGCACGAAAAUUUUGGGACACUCUCUCGUCAGGUGUGGUUCAAAAACAGAAUAUUUUGGAAGUUGAAAAUAAUUUCCACAAUUUUUCCCAGAGAUGUCUCAAUUCCCAUUAAAUUUUUUAGAAAUCAUCGGAUUUUCAGCUUGAAAAUUCAAAAAAUUAGAUAAAUGAAAUUUCAGAUUUUCAGCCAAAUCUUCAGCUUAAUAAUUUUUGAAACAAUCAUGAAAGUUUCCUAGAAAAUCCAAUCUUCAGAGAUUUUCAGAUCGAUUUUUUCUAGGAAAAAACAUUAAUUUUAUCUGAUCCUUAUUAGCCUAGUUUUCAGGUCUAAAUUUGGUUUUUUGUGCCUAACCAUUGCUUUUGAAUAAUCUACAAAAAUGUCCAUUUUUCCAGAAAAGGAGCUGUAAAAUCAGUUCACGAUCGAGUUUUGGCAAUUCAAAAAAUCGCUGCAGAUCACGGUGGAGAAGAUCGUUUUGUUUCUGGUUUAUAUGCAAAUUGUUUGGUAUCACUUCCAAUUGGGCAAAUUCGAAAAGCUUCGAGAACCUUCUUAUUUUAUGAUGCUCUGCAGAAAAUUGUUAGUUUCAUAAUCUUCUUGAUUUCUUUAGUUUUUCAACUAGUUACUUCAACUCAAUUUUUUUGCAGACCCACACACUUCAAAAUUGGACAGUUCAACGCUAUAAUUUUGUGUUUUUCGUCAAACUUCAUUUAACAAUUGCAACUCAUGCUCGAGUUAAUAUUAUAUAUCCACAAAUUGAACAAAAUUCACAUCAAAAAUUGAAGGAAUCUGAAGAAACAUUGAAUUGUGUGAGAUCAAAUGGAAAUGUGUCAAAAGGAGCAGCGAAAAAGGAUUUGCUUUUGGAUAUUUUGCCGUUUUUGGUUGCCAUUGUACAACCACCCAUUAAACCGGUAAGAGAUUUGGGAACGGGUUUGGGAAAUUGGGAAACAAGAAAUUGGAAACAAUUUUGAAAUUUUUGAUUGACGUGAUAUUUUUUUGAAAACUUGAACAUAAUUGAAAAUCUAUAAUUUGAAUUUUCAGAAAAAUGUUGAAGUUUGAAAAAGUAUAAUUCUCCUAGAACUGAAAAUAAUAAAUUUUGAAUUCAUGUUUUUUUGCAGAUGAAUGAGCAACUUUACACUCAACGCGAUUUAUCUCUUCUUAAUUCUACAGUAUCUGCAAUGGUUGAUUAUGGUUUAACAUAUUCGGCAACAAUGGUAAAAGAUCAAAUAAAUUGGCUAUUUUCUCCAUCAAUCGAUAUUCUAACAAUGUUCCCAAUUUUGGGACAAAAACGUAAUUGUUUGGCAAAUGCUGUUCGACAAAUUAUUGCACAUAAAAUCACAUUGUUGAGAGUGAAUUUAGCUGAAACAAGUGAGAAUUCGAAUGGAAAAAGUGGAAAAAUUAUGACAAAUACGGAGAAAAUCAAACAAAUUGUUGAUGAGGAAAAUAUGAAAACGAAAAAUGUGAAAAGAUUAUCGACGGGAGCUAUGAAAAGGCAAAGAGUAAGGAUUUUUGAACGAAAUAAAAUGAUUUCGAAAAAUUAUCAAAUACUUUUCAGUACCAGCAAUUAUCGGAUGUAAUAUUCAAUCAUCAAGAUGGAGACAGUAGUGCUGUUAAAAAGAAAAUAACAAUGCAUCAAAUGAAUUGUCUUCUUUUUGGUGAAACUUGA